AUGUCAGGUUUCGGAUCUCCCGGCGGCGGCGCCGUCAGCAUCAAACCCACACCUCCAGAGCGUGGUUCUUUCCCGCUUGACCACGAUGCCGAGUGCAAAUACCUCAUCUCCUCCUAUCUGCGAUGUUUGAGAAGGCAGAACCCGCCGGGGAAGAACAACGAAGAGUGCAGACUGCUGGCUAAGGAGUAUCUGGGCUGCCGGAUGGAGAGAGGACUCAUGGCAAAGGACGAAUGGGGAAAUCUGGGGCUAGACUUCGAUAAAAUAGCAAGCGACAAAGAAGCGGAAAGGUUGAAUGACGCUGUCGAUCAGGGCAAGCAAAACUGA